AUGGAAGCGUUGUUUGAAACAGCAUGUCGGAAGAUAGACGAGGAAGCAGAGGAGUUGAGAAGCUUAAGUCACUUAAUCUGGUCAAACCCGGAGUUAAAUUUUGAGGAAAAAGAUUCGCACAAUGUGAUAACUGAUUUCCUCGAGAAGAGGGGAUUUCGAGUUCAGAGGAAUUAUGUGUUAGAGACAGCCUUCUCAGCGGAGUGGGUAAACUGUGGUAAGUUAUCGUGGGAACUCCCGCACAUAAUGGUUCUAUGUGAGUAUGACGCUCUUCCUGAGAUUGGCCACGCCUGUGGACAUAACCUCAUCACUGAACUCGGGGUGGCAGCUGGGAUGGGGGUGAAGGCGGCGAUGGAAGAAAACCAGGGACUUGUAGGAAAGUUAACCAUCUUGGGCACCCCGGCAGAGGAGGGAGGAGGCGGCAAGGCGUACCUCAUUGAGGCUGGAGCCUUCAAGGGAGUCCAUGCCGCACUGAUGGCCCAUCCUGCACCUUUCAACAUCGAUGACCCGACAACGCUGGCUGUGAAAUUCGUCGAAGUGACGUACCACGGCAAGGCUGCUCAUUCUUCAGUGUCCCCUUGGCAAGGAAUUAAUGCCCUUGAUGCUGCUGUUCACGCCUACACGGGCAUCUCCCACCUCCGCCAACAGAUCAGACCGUCUGGCCGGGUACAUGGUAUCAUAACCAAAGGCGGAACGAAGUCCAAUAUCGUCCCAGACCUGUGCAAAAUGGAAUACACCAUCCGAGAGGACACGCUAGCAAACCUUGACCUGCUCUGUGACAAAGUCGUGGGCUGCUUGCAGGCAGCUGCGCUAGCAACGGGCUGCACGGUAGAAGUUGAAUGGGAGGCUAAGCCGUAUGCUGACAUGCGCAACAACGAGACAUUGGUCUCUGUUUACCAGCGUCACAUAGAGCGUCUGGAGCCGGGAAGGCAAGCUCACAAAGGGGAGAAAGAGGCCUUCAAAGGUUCCACUGACAUGGGCAAUGUCAGCCAUGAGGUUCCAAGCAUUCACCCGUUCUAUUAUGUCGGAAACGAGCUCAACCACACAAACGAAUUUACUGCACUUGCUGGGUCUGAAGGAGCCCAGCUUUUUACUUUAAAUCAGGGGAAAGCGAUGUCUAUGACCUGUAUUGAGAUGAUGAUGGAUAAAACACUCCUUCAGAGGGCCGCAAGUGAUUUCCAGUCAACGAAAGCACGCCAAGACUGAGCAUAGAUGUCGGCAAUGGCAUUAGUUAUUGAUUAUUUGCUGCACAUUUUAAAAUAUUUGGAAAUAACACAACGAAAAAAAAAAACUAUAUGGAUUCUGCAUUAUAAAAACAGAAGUUGGUUUUAUGUGUUAUCUUUCUUCCGAUUAUGUGAGAAUUUAUCGACGGAAAAAAGUAUCGUCCUUCCCAUCGUUUUUCGUCUUAACACAUUAGAGCAAAAUAUGCUAUUCCUUGGUAUAGACGUUGUGGUCAGAUCUGAGGGGUGGGGGAAAGGGGAAGGGGUUGAGGAGGAGGAAUUUUAAAUACAAUUUUUUCGACUGUGCCUGUUUUACACCUUGCACACACAUAUACACAUAC